GGAAGAAAACAUGACUGGCGUUUGUGUGGGAAGAGAGAGGAGGAGCUUGAAAAGUAUGAACUUGUGUGUGAAGACGCAGACAGACAGAAGUUGAAGCACUAGAAUACUAAACGGAGUUUGGAAAAGCUCACGACUACGGAUGGUCUCUUUGGAACCGGAGAUGGUUUGCUAUCAACUGAUCAAAUAAUAGGUUUGGACGGAGCAUGAAAGACUCCUCUUGUCGCAUCUUCGGACUGCGGUGCUAUUCAACUUGAACCCGUGCGGUCCCCUCCUAACCUGUGUAAAUUAUACUAUAUUAAUAUAAGCGUAAAAAGUGGAGAGUUUACCGACUGAACGAAAGAAGAUAAAAGUUGCCAUAAAAUGUUGUCAUUAUUAUUCUUGAUUCUGUACAUUCCUGCUGUUAUGUCCUCAUCGUCACAGAUGGCUGGGAUCUUCCCCCAGGACCCAGCCCUGCCCAUCGGCUCCACCCUCACUGCCACAUGUUCAGUCAGCCCUGAUCUGGGCCUCCACGCUAGCUCUCUGUUCUGGAGCCUGAAUGGCCGCCGGCUGCCCAGCUCUUCUUACAGCGUGUUGAGCCCUACGGCCCUCAGUGUCACCCUGCCGGGCCUGCCAGCCUCUAGGCAGAGGUCAGGGGACAACCUGGUGUGUCACAACCAUGGAGGACAUGUUCUGGCCGGGUCCUGCCUCUACAUUGGGAUGCCUCCAGUGAAGCCAGUCAACUUAACCUGCUGGUCCAGAAACACCAAAGACCUGACCUGUCGAUGGGCACCGGGAGGACAGGGAGAGACCUUCAUCAAGACCAAAUACACACUCAAAUACAAACUCAGGUGGUAUGGCAGAGAGAGAGAAUGUGAGGAGUACAAUGCCGCCCAGCCGUACUCUUGCUACAUACCUCGUGACCUCGCCCUCUUCACGCCCUACGAGAUGUGGGUGGAAGCCACCAAUCAGCUCGGCUCAGCCACCUCUGAUGUCAUAACCCUGGAUAUCCUAGACGUGGUAACCACGGACCCGCCGUCAGGUGUGAGUGUGAGUCGUGUGGGUGACCUGGAGGACCAUCUGAGUGUUCGAUGGGAGUCUCCCCCAGCUCUCAAAGACUUCCUGUUCCAGGCCAAGUACCAGAUACGCUACCGGCUGGAGGACAACUCAGACUGGAAGGUCAUGGAUGACGUUGGGAACCAGACAUCAUGUCGUCUGGCAGGCCUGAGACCGGGUACUGUGUAUUUUGUCCAGGUACGCUGUAACCCAGUAGGGAUCUUUGGGUCUCGUAGGGCUGGUAUCUGGAGUGAAUGGAGCCAUCCUACUGCUGCUUCUACACCUCAUAGUGAGCGUGUAUUAUCAGGUUCGUGUGACUCCAAGUCUGGAGACUCCAAUUCUACGUUACGUCGAGAGCUGAAGCAGUUCUUUGGCUGGGUACGGAAUCAUGCGUAUGGCUGCGGCGGCAUGUCAAUCAAACUCUACGACCAAUGGAGAGUCUGGAUGCAAAAGAGCCACAAAACACGCAACCAGGUAGGUCCUACAAGGGGAUAAGUUAUAGUACGCAUCCCCCCUGCCUUUAAACAACCAGCAACAAAGUCAAGACAACAUCAUGUGUGUGAAAAAUGGUUUCCCCUAAAUGCUGUGGUUUUGCAUACAUCAUUCAGCGACGGAAGAAGGGGGAAUAAGUACAAUUUUGGGGACAGUGUCUCUACAACAGCAGCCCUAGGCUAUGCUGUAAUUAUUUAACAAGACAUGGAGGAAUAAGAAGUUGAGGAAUAGUGAUCUUCUUCUUACUGUGGAAAUCCUGGCAGCUCUGAAAAGCUAGAGAUCCACAGCACCCUCUAGUGGAAGCUAACAUACUGGGAGGAACAGUGGAGACGGAGGACCAUAGUAAUGUUUCUAGUCACAUCCCAGUCUUAAACCAUGAAAACCCGAUUAGAACUGUCUGUGACACAAUAUUUGGGAACCCUGGUCUGCAGUGGGGGGUGGGGGGGCACCGUUACAAGACUAUAGACUGACAUUGUUGUCUGUAUCAGUGUGGAGAUCUGUCUUAAUAAUAAGUAGGGUCAGGAGUUUUUCCUGAUCAUAUGGCCCUGCCCAGGAAAACCUCCUGACCAUAAUGCUAAUGUUUACCUGUGGAGGCAGUUCACCAUCUAUAUUUUUGUACUAUCAUAUUUAAAUACUGUCUUAUUUAAACUAUUAUGUUUUGUUAGUAAGUUAUGUUAGGUUAGUGAUCAUGUUAUUGACUUAAUUAUGAAUUAUAGUUUUGUUUGAAAGAG